UGCCCGCCCAGCGCCGGAAGCGGCGGCGCGCGGGGCGCCGUGGGAGCGGAGCCCGGCAAGAUGGCGGAGUCUGCAAACGUCACCCAUGAAGUCAUCAAUGCCACCCUCCACACUCUGCUGGCUGCUACCACCAAGCUGGUGGCACCUACGCCUCCCAAACCCAUCCUUCCCGUUCAGACUGGAGUCCAGGCACAGCAGGAGGAACAGUCUAGUGGCAUGACAAUCUUUUUUAGCCUUCUUGUUAUAGCUAUUUGCAUCAUAUUGGUGCAUUUACUGAUAGAAUACCGGCUUCAUUUUUUACCAGAGAGCGUGGCUGUUGUUUCCUUAGGUAUCCUUAUGGGAGCUUUUAUAAAAAUCAUAGAGGCUCAAAAGCUGGCCAACUGGAAGGAAGAAGAAAUGUUUCGUCCAAAUAUGUUUUUUCUGCUUUUGCUUCCACCUAUUAUAUUUGAAUCUGGAUAUUCACUGCACAAGGGUAAUUUUUUUCAGAACAUUGGUUCCAUCAUUCUGUUCUCAGUAUUUGGCACUGCAAUAUCAGCUUUCAUUGUAGGUGGAGGAAUCUAUUUCCUGGGCCGGGCUGAUGUAAUUUAUAAACUCAACAUGACAGACAGUUUUGCAUUCGGCUCUUUAAUAUCUGCAGUUGACCCCGUGGCUACAAUUGCCAUUUUCAAUGCCCUUAAUGUGGAUCCUGUGCUUAACAUGUUGGUUUUUGGAGAAAGUAUUCUCAACGAUGCAGUCUCAAUUGUCCUGACCAACACAGCAGAAGGUUUGACAAGGGAAAAUAUGUCAGAUGUAAGUGGAUGGCAAACCUUUCUACAGGCACUGGGAUACUUUCUCAAGAUGUUCUUUGGCUCUGCAGCACUUGGCACACUUACUGGUCUUAUUUCUGCAUUAGUACUAAAGCACAUUGAUUUAAGGAAGACCCCUUCCCUAGAAUUUGGGAUGAUGAUUAUCUUUGCUUACCUUCCUUAUGGACUUGCAGAAGGGAUCUCACUCUCAGGUAUCAUGGCAAUCCUGUUCUCUGGCAUCGUGAUGUCUCACUACACACACCACAACCUGUCCCCAGUGACACAGAUCCUGAUGCAGCAGACACUCAGAACUGUUGCUUUCAUGUGUGAAACGUGUGUUUUUGCAUUUCUUGGCCUGUCAAUUUUUAGUUUUCCUCACAAGUUUGAAAUGUCCUUUGUCAUCUGGUGCAUAGUGCUGGUUCUGUUUGGUAGAGCAGUGAAUAUUUUUCCACUUUCCUACCUACUCAACUUUUUCCGUGAUCAUAAAAUCACUCCCAAAAUGAUGUUUAUCAUGUGGUUUAGUGGGUUACGUGGUGCCAUUCCCUACGCCCUGAGCCUCCACCUGGGCCUGGAGCCCAUGGAGAAGCGGCAGCUGAUCGGCACCACCACCAUCAUCAUCGUGCUCUUCACCAUCCUGCUGCUGGGCGGGGGCACCAUGCCCCUCAUCAGGCUCGUGGACAUCGAGGACUCCAAGCCCCGCAAGAGGAACAAGAAGGAUGUCAAUCUCAGCAAGACAGAGAAGAUGGGAAACACAAUAGAAUCUGAGCAUUUAUCAGAGCUCACAGAGGAGGAGUAUGAAGCCCAGUACAUAAAACGGCAGAACCUCAAGGGGUUCAUGCGGCUCGAUGUCGAGUAUUUGAAUCCUUUCUUCACCAGAAGGCUCACACAAGAAGACCUGCACGAUGGACGCAUCCAGAUGAAGACCCUGACCAACAAGUGGUACGAGGAGGUUCGCCAGGGCCCCUCGGGCUCCGAGGACGACGAGCAGGAGCUGCUGCAGCAGAGCGGGGCCGGCGCGCGCUGAGCGGGGCACUCCCACCUACACACUGCCCCUGCUCCUCGCUUGGGUGACACCACAGCUCUGCUGUGACUGUCCAGGAAGGGAAACCCACCAAGGUCAGACGCUGCACGGGCUGAAGGAGGAACCUUUUGUUCAGAGUUGACUGCAUAGCAAAUUGCACGCAGCCCGUUGAAAAGCAGAACCGUCUGCCAUGAAGGGAUGACAUUGUGAAUGGGGAGGGCUCCUUCCCAUCCCCAAACCUGCUGUGACCACACACUGCAGUACAGGGCCCUUGUGUGGCUCUGCAGAACAGAGUAAAUUGCACUUUACCUUUUAUAUAUAUAUAUUAAUUCACAGCAUGAAGAGUUUUGACAGUUUAUACUGUGAAUUUGUUUCAGCACUAGUAAGGGAAUCUGACUGGAAGAAAUGUAUAAUUUAUGGAAUUUGCACAUUUUGAACCCAGAAAAGGUGCAUACCUUGACAAGAGCAGAUAUUGCACAUACAGGGAAUCACCUUUGAAAAUGUAGUUUUGUCACUUAAGAGAUUCUUGAUUUCUGUUUUAAGGGAUUUUUCGGUUUUAAUACUAAGGGGAUCUAAUCCACAGUACUGAUUAUAGCAUGGUUUUGGGGAAGUGGAGGCCUGUGACAGCACAGAGCUGUGUUUGAAAUUGUAGUUUCUUCUCUUUGGCUAAAGCCAGUUGCAGUUGGGUCUCUGUAAUUGGCAGUUGCUCCUUGCUGGCACUUUGGCUUCAAAUCUUAGCAAAGAGCAGCUUCUGUUUUGCCUAAUUUAUGAAGUGUCCCUAACACUCCAGAAUUCACUAGUGGAAUUUUUAAGCUUCAGUGGAAGCAAAAGCAGCAUUUACAUGAGGAAAAAGAGCCUACAAAAUCUAAUCCAGGUACAGAAGGAUUAAUAUUGCACGUGGCUGAAGCAGCCCCUGCUGGCAAGUGCCAAACAGCUCCCAUUAAGCUGUCCCAUUUUUCUCUUGUGCUUACACUGUUUCAGAAGCUGUGGUACCGCUGCAUUUGUUCUCCAUGGCCCAGUGUUUGCUCAGCGUUGCCAACACCUGAACGUGUUUGUUGCACAUUUGCCAUGGUGACACGUGCAGCAGUUUGCUCCCACUGCCAAAUUCCUCCUUGGCCAUUUGUAUAUCCUCUGCCAGGAUGUGAAUUACAGUUCAGCACCCAAAUCUGACCUGCACAUGCACAUUUGUUUCUGAAGAUGUGAGACUUAGUUUUGGUCUGGUUUUGCUACUGAGUUUUUUAAUCCGCUGCUUACCUACUGAGAGAAUAAAAGUUCAAGAAUGUA